UUGAAUAAGUAUUAUUAAAACUUAUUAAACUUAAACUGAAUUUAACCGAACUUAUUACACCUGAAACAAGUGAAAAUAACGUGAAUAAAACAAACCCUAAAACUUAUUACAAAAACUUAAUACCAAACACCUAACACCAAAUUUGUACUUUAUAUUGAGUAGUACUCCGUAGUAAAGUGGCUGAUAUCAUUAACAUGGCAGCUCCUCCCAUUAAUUAAUUUGGUCAAACCAAAACAUUUUCAAUCAUUAAUGUCAAAUUUCAGAAUUUCCAAAAUUUCAUGCAACAUUACUUGGACCCACCCACCUCCUUAUGACAUCACAUAUCAGUAACACUAGUGCUAAACUGCUAAUAAUCAUAUUAAAACGUCAUUUUCACCUAUUUUAACAAAGAUUUAACCUAAAAAGUUCUUAAAUAACCGUUAUACAAUCCACCUACAAAUAUCAACCCUUUUUUUUUUUUUUUAAUUUUGUCCAAAAAUAAAAAUAAAAACUAUAAAAAAAUUUUGUAACCGACAACCCACGCGCCCAUUUUCCAACGGUUUAAACCCCAUUUUCUCCCUCCUUAUUUCCCACUCUCUUUCUCUCUCUUAAAAAUACAACUACUCUGUUUUCCCCUGUUUUUCAAUUUCUUUGAAAUGCUAAAAUUCUCCAAGAAAUCCAGCUUUUUUUCACAAAAUUCAACCAAAUUCUUCUGUUUCUUGACAAAAUUCCAAAUACCCACUUCAAAUUUCACACCAAUUAACCAUGAAUUCAUCUUCAAGAAACUCAAUUUUUCGCCUCGGCUUCGCAGCAAUCAUUUUCUUCCUCCUUAUAAUCUCAACCUCUGCUUCUUCAAUUAGCUUCCAUUUCACAUCGUUUAACCCCAGAAAUUUCACUUUAUUGGGUGAUUCAUAUCUGAAAGAUGGAGUUGUUGGUCUUACAAGAGAUGCUACAGUUCCAACUACAAGUUCCGGAUCAAUCAUUUACAAUAACCCAAUUCAAUUCUUUGAUUCUGAAGCUAAUAUUACCGCUUCUUUUUCUGUAACAUUCUCUCUUUCAAUCAGUAAUGUUAAUCCUACUUCAUCUUCUGGUGAUGGAUUAGCCUUUUUUCUGUCUCCUGAUAAUCAGACUCUUGGGAGUCCUGGUGGGUAUUUGGGUCUUGUGAACUCCUCUGAGUUAACCAAGAAUCGUUUUAUCGGGUUUGAGUUCGAUAUGAAACUUGAUCCUCAUUUCAAUGAUCCGAAUGAUAAUCAUGUGGGUUUGGAUAUUAAUAGCUUACAAUCAAUCAAAACUGCCAAUUUGCUGUCAAAAGGGAUUGAUCUUAAAAGUGGGGAUUUGAUUAAUGUGUGGAUUGAUUACAAGAAUGAGAGAAAGUUGGUGAAAAUUUACAUGGGUUAUUCGAAUACCAAGCCCACAAACCCGGUUUUAGAAGUCGAAAUCGAUCUUUCGGAGUAUUUGAAGGAGUUUGUGUAUUUGGGGUUUUCAGGUUCUAGUGAAGGAAGUACUGAAGUUCAUCUGAUUGAAAGUUUUGGUUUACAGACUUUUGGAUUUUUGCCUGUCAGACCUCAUUUCAGGACUCAUAAUGUGUCUGACAGUACUGUGACAAUCUCUCCUGUUCCGAGGCUAAAAUCGAGCUCAAAGAAUCGUCGAAAGAGGAUUGGAUUAGGCCUUUUGAUUGCUGGUCCGGUUUUCUGCUGUGUUGUUUUGGUUGUUCUUGGUUUUGUUUUUGCCAAGAAAUGGGAGAAAAUCAGGAAACAGAAGAGUUUUAAGGCUGAAAUGGUUACUGGUCCUAGAGAGUUUAGCUAUAGAGAGCUGAAGUUUGCUACAAAGGGGUUUCAUUCGAGUAGGAUUCUAGGAAACGGCGCGUUUGGGACUGUGUACAAGGCUUAUUUCCUGUCCUCAGGAGUUAUUGCAGCAGUGAAGAGAUCAAAGCAUAAUCAUGAAAAUAAGGCUGAGUUUCUUGCUGAGUUAUCGAUUAUUGCUUGUUUGAGGCAUAAAAACUUGGUUCAAUUACAAGGUUGGUGUGCAGAAAAAGGUGAAUUGUUACUUGUUUAUGAUUAUAUGCCUAAUGGAAGCCUUGACAAAGUGCUGUAUCCCGAGAAAAAAAUCGACAAUAACCUGCUUCCAUGGCCUCAAAGAUACAAUGUUGUGGUGGGUUUAGCCUCAGUUCUGACAUACUUGCACCAAGAGUGUGAGCAGCAGGUUAUACAUAGAGAUAUCAAGACUAGUAAUGUGUUGUUAGAUGGGAAUUUCAACCCGAAGCUGGGUGAUUUCGGGUUAGCUAGGCUUAUGGAUCAUGAUAAAAGCCCGGUUUCAACUCUAACAGCAGGAACAAUGGGGUACUUGGCUCCUGAGUAUCUGCAGUAUGGAAAAGCUACUGAAAAGACUGAUGUUUUUAGCUAUGGUAUUGUGGUGCUUGAAGUGGCUUGUGGAAGGCAGCCAAUAGAACGAGUAACGGGUGAUGAGAAUGUGGUUAAUUUAGUGGAUUGGGUGUGGGGGUUGCAUUCUCAAGGAAGGCUCCUUGAAGCUGCUGAUCCGAGGUUGAAAGGGGAGUUCGAUGAGGCACAGAUGAAGAAGCUUCUGCUUGUUGGGUUGAGCUGUGCGAAUCCUGAUUGCUUAGAGAGGCCUAACAUGAGGAGGGUGCUUCAGAUUCUUAACAAUGAGGCCGGUCCUGUACUCGUUCCAAAAUCGAAGCCCACAUUGAUCUUCUCAAGCAGCCUUCCCCUCAGUAUAGAAGAUAUUGUUUCUGAUUAUGAAGUUGAGAGCAAAGCGUCAGAAGAUCUGUUUCAGGAUACAGUUCAGUCUAGUCAGGAUUUUAAAGAGAUUUGUUGAACAAUAUAUACUGCUUCUAGUUUCAUUCUUUCAUUUGUUUGUUUUCUUUUACUUUUUUCAUUCUUUCUGCACAGUGUGACAUAUUCCGUAAGUCUUGCAAUCAAUUAUUACCAGUAUUAUUUUUGAGUUCAAGGUUUUAGUUGAACUAUGUUGCACAUCUCCUAGCUUAGGCAAAUAGGCAGUAUGAACUCUCACUUGGUACAUUAGUACAUUACACAACAAAUGUAGUUGCUGUAACUCAAUUAAAUGAAUACGCAAAAAUUCCUUCUAUGGCAUUCUUUCUCUCUCUCUCUCUUUUUUUUUUUUCCAUACAUAUAUUAUGCACAACAAUGAAAACAACUUACAUGAUUGCGCACUUGUGCUCAGACUUGGCUGCUUAUGCUGUGAUGCAUCUGAUGCUCGAAACUGCUUGGUUUGAUCAGUUUAUCCACCUGGUUUCCUCUCUUGCAAUUUAAAGUACUACUAUUGAAAAAUAUAUGACCCUAUGAAAUCUAAGUACAAUGCAUUACACUUGAUAACUUUUCAUUAGAUUAGAAAAAAUGAUUCGUUCCCCUGAAAUCAGCAUCUCUGCAUAAUUUAGUUUUCUGAAGUAAAUACUACUCGUACUUCUUUCCGGAGUAAAAGCAUUGAUCAUAGAAUUUACCAUUUUAUUGCCAUUUAUAGCUUUAUAGAUAUGUAUAUGAUCAAUCCCAGUGGUGCAUACCAUUUUCCUAUGACUCCUACUCUUACUUCAUUAGUCUAAAUAACGAUAUAAAGAUCUGCUUCUUUCUUGUGAAAUUGUAUCAGAAUUCAGAAUGAUGAACAAAGAUUAUAGCAGUAGAUUUUUA